AUGCUUGUGAAAUCACCGAUAUUGGUUGGUGUCAAGAGAACGCAGGGUCAAGAAGGGUCGCUUCCAGAGACACAAUUAUCAUCCGCCUCGGAUUCGGAACUUGAGUUCCUCCAGGUGGGUUGGGACGGCGGUGAUGAUGACCCUUUGUGCCCACGCAGCUUCAGCAAGCCAAAGAAAUGGAUGAUUGUGGCCAUCGUUUCUAUGGCAUGCUUUUGUGUCACAGCAGCGAGUUCCGUCUAUACUUCCACAUACCAGCAGAUGGAAGAGUCAUUUGGCAACUCAAGGAGGGUCUCGGUCCUAGGUCUCUCCCUGUUCGUUUUAGGGAUCGGCUGUGGUCCUCUCUUCUUUAGCCCCCUGAGCGAGUUUUUUGGCCGUCGUCCCGUAUACCUGGUCGCAUGGAGCCUGUACGUGAUUUGGACCAUACCACAGGCUGUGGCCAAUAACAUUACCACGAUGCUGGUCGCGAGAUUCCUCGCGGCUUUCUCAGGAAGCACGUUUCUAGCCGUUGCGGGUGGAACGGUGGGUGACCUGUUUUCCAAAGAUCAACUCCAAUAUCCAAUGGCUAUCUUUACAGUAUCCCCUUUCAUCGGACCUUGCAUAGGACCCGUCAUCGGCGGCUUUAUAAAUUACAAUACGCACUGGAGGUGGACGUACUACGUUAUGUUGAUGUGGUCCUUCGCCCUACUCAUGGCAAUCGCAUUUCUUGUCCCUGAAACAUUCCAUCCCGCUAUUUUACGACAGAAGGCUAAGAUAUUGCGACAAUCUACUGGUGACUCGCGAUGGAGAGCUCCCAUCGAAGAACAGGACAAGUCGAUUUUGGUUGCUGUUAGCAGGUCUUUGAAGCGACCAUUUCAGCUACUCGUUUUUGAGCCCAUGUGUCUCAGUCUUUGCAUAUUUUCAGCACUUCUUCUCGGGAUUCUUUAUUUAUUCUUUGGGGCCUUCCCUCUUAUCUUUCAUACUCACCAUCAGUUCAAUCUUUGGCAGGUCGGACUCUCUUUUCUAGGUAUAGGUGUUGGGCUGAUCCUCGGGGUUCUCACUGACCCUAUAUGGUCUCGCAUCCGUCUCCAUUACGUGUCAAAACUUGCUGAAAGUACUGGGAAGCCCAGUGACGGGGAGCCAGAAUUUCGGCUGCCUCCAGCCAUCUUUGGGUCUUUGCUCGUCCCACUGGGUCUGUUCAUGUUUGCUUGGACGACCUAUACUUCGAUUCAUUGGAUAGUUCCGAUUACUGGAUCAGCUAUUUUUGGCAUGGGGAACAUCCUUGUGUUUACGGGUAUAUUCGCCUUCUUGGUUGAUGCAUACCCAGACUACGCCGCCAGUGCAUUGGCAGCCAACGCCUGCGUACGUUGUGUAUUCGCCGCUGCAUUCCCCCUUUUCGGGAACGAAAUGUACCUUGCUCUUGGAUUCCAGUGGGCGUCAUCGUUAUUGGCAUUUCUCACUUUGGCCAUGGUGCCAUUCCCAUUCUUGUUCUUCAAGUAUGGAAAAACAAUUAGAAGUAAAAGCCGGAUGGCCAAAAAUUGA